CAGUUUUCGUAAAAUAUGACGGGGCGCCCUAUUUCGACAGCACUGUCCUAUGACGUCACCAGGACGUGUGGGAAGAUGUUGCGCUCGAUCGUAUCUAACCACAACGUCCAGCAAGGACUGGCGUCCUUGGUCCGGAACACUCCCGCAAUAUGCCGCGUCCCAGUCGCCAAUCAGUCAAGAACUCUCACAACAACUGAGUCAAGCCAGAAGGAAGAAUCCUUGCCCAAAAAGGUAGAGAAGGAACCUUACAGUCCUUUCCAAAAUACACAAACAAAAGCCGAAUAUGCGUUGGCAAGAUUGGAUGAUAUUCUCAAUUGGGGGCGCAAAAGUUCCUUAUGGCCCUUGACUUUCGGCUUGGCUUGCUGUGCCGUCGAGAUGAUGCACAUUGCAGCUCCAAGAUAUGACAUGGACAGAUACGGAGUUGUGUUUCGAGCUUCUCCGAGGCAAGCUGACGUUAUCAUCGUCGCAGGAACUUUAACUAAUAAAAUGGCCCCAGCUUUGAGGAGAGUUUAUGAUCAAAUGCCCGAUCCAAAAUGGGUCAUUUCGAUGGGAAGCUGUGCAAAUGGAGGUGGUUACUACCACUACAGUUAUUCUGUUGUCCGAGGGUGCGACAGAAUCAUUCCCGUGGAUAUUUACGUACCAGGUUGUCCCCCAACGGCCGAGGCUCUAAUGUAUGGAGUUUUGCAACUGCAAAAGAAAAUAAAACGCAUGCAAACGUUGCAAGUAUGGUACAGACAUUAGAUUUCCGGAUACGCAAAUUUGUAGAAAUGAUUUUUAAGUUAUAAAAAUGAAGUAUAAGUUAUUGUAAAAUAAAGUCAGUCGACGGUUGUAAAACUAACGACAUUUCAUAAGACUGUAAUUUUCUCAUUUCUAAGUGUAAAGUUUCCGCAGGAAUUCAAAAUUCAGCCUUAUCAGUUCCAAAAUUAUGAUGAACAGAUCAUAUGUUAUGAGAUAUAUAGAUGAGUAUUUAAAAAAAGAAAGAGAAGGAACAAUUCUUAUUUUAAUCCCAGUUUUUUGAAGAAAUAAAUGCAUUAUUAUA